UAGUCAAUGGGGGCUGGAGUGACUGGAGCCUUUGGAGCCAUUGUUCUGGGACGUGUGGCAGAGGAACGAUGACACGACAAAGAACUUGUACAAGUCCUAGGCCUGCUCAUGGCGGUGCCAGCUGUGUUGGAACAACUAUAGAAACAAAAAGCUGUAGAACUUAUCACCACUGUCCAAUAGUCGAUGGGGGCUGGAGUAACUGGAACCUUUGGAGCCCUUGUUCUGGGACGUGUGGCAGAGGAACGAUGACACGACAAAGAACUUGUACAAAUCCCAGCCCGGCUCAUGGCGGUGCCAGCUGUGUAGGAACAUCUACAGAAACACAAAGCUGUACAACUUAUCACCGCUGUCCAACCAGUGGUGGCUGGAGUCAGUGGAGCCCGUUUAGCCACUGUUCCAAUACUUGUGGAGAUGGGAGGAAGUACAGAACAAGGACGUGUUCUAACCCUAGACCUGUCAACGGAGGCGCAGAUUGUGUUGGUCUGUCGUCCGAGUCCAUCGCCUGUAGACAUCGUCGUCAAUGUCCAGUUGACGGCCAAUGGAGUAGUUGGAGUCCAUACAGUACUUGCAGUACGACUUGUGGAUAUGGUACAACAAUACGAUACAGGUCUUGUUCGAAUCCAGCGCCAUUACAUCGAGGAAAGUCGUGUUAUGGGAGUAAUUCAGAGAAGAAACCGUGUUACAUUGCUCCAUGCCCUGUUGAUGGCCAGUGGAGUACGUGGAGUUUGUUUAGUCAGUGUAGCACGACAUGUGGAAAAGGAACGCAACAACGUCACAGGACAUGCUCUAACCCAGCGCCAUCUAACGGAGGAAAGACGUGUAUUGGAGACGAUAAAGAGUCAGCAGUUUGUGAAAUUCAACAAUGUUCAGUUGAUGGCCAGUGGAGUCCAUGGAGUUUGUUUAGUCAGUGUAGCACGACUUGUGGAAAAGGCACGCAACAACGUCACAGGACCUGCUCUAACCCAGCGCCAUCUAACGGAGGAAAGACGUGUGUUGGAGACGAUAAAGAGUCAGCUGUUUGUGAAAUUCAACAUUGUCCAGUUGAUGGCCAGUGGAGUAAGUGGAGUUUGUUUAGUCAGUGUAGCACGACAUGUGGAAAAGGAACACAACAACGACACAGGGCCUGCUCUAACCCAGCGCCAUCUAACGGAGGAAAGACGUGUGUUGGAGACGAUAAAGAGUCAGCAGUUUGUGAAAUCCAACAAUGCCCAGUAACAACGACUCCUUCUCGCGGUAUUCACCUUGUGACGAUUAGAAAGUGAAAUGGCUGAAGUGAUAAGGAUUCUGCGUGACUGUUUUGGAUAUUGUUUAUAAUAAUUUUGACAAGUUAAAUAAAUGCCUUAAAUAAUAUUUUCAAAGUUGCUCCUGUAUAAUCCUCAGAUAUAAUAAAAAUCACACAAUCAAAAUAUAGCACAGA